UGGGGGCUCUUAGUGGUCAGGGGCCCUAAGCAGCUGCAUAGUUUGCGUAUAGGCUGGGCCGGCCUUGGUCGUGGUGUAUCUUUUAUGCCCUAUAAUCUGCUUGUUUUCCUUAAACUAUGGUAUAAGUGCGAUUUAUUUUAUAUUGGGUGUGUUAGAGUAAUACAAACAGUCAAACAGUAAAUACGAGAAACGAUACUAUUCCCUGAUUGAUUAUAUUGCGUUAGAAUAAUGCAAACUGUUAGACGGUGCCAACGAGAAAUCGGCAAUCUCCUUCAACGGCAAUAGACAUCCAAACCAUUUGAACUCUUACCAACGUCACGCAUGUCUACUUAAAAUUAGAAUGUCUAUCACCGCCAAUGGCAGCAAUGAGUUUAACUGUCCCUCGUAGAUCUAGACUUGAAAUCACGAAUCAGUUCUCUGCACAUUGCUACACAAAAAGAUUUGCUUGGCCUUAGCGAGGUAAAAGAGCGGCCCGAUGAGCACGCCCAUCUUGGGAAACAAUUGACAAAACUGGAUCGCAUAACAUGUCAGCAGAUCGGACAAGACUUUACUGGAGAAGCUCAGAAAAAGCAAAGGGACCAUGGCGCAAACAGGAAGGUAGGUAAUAACGGCGGGCACCACCACGGUCAGCACAUUUGCCACCGCUCGUCUUUUCACAGCAAACCCGGAUCGGCCCUGGCGGCCACUCUUCAACGCCGGAUUUGAUCGACGUAGUGACAGGAUUACACCAAUUAGGGUGGCGAACAUGACAGUGAAAAGGCUAGUGAUGACGAUGCAAAUAGGCAUCAGCAUGAUUAAGGGGUUGUUGAUGAUACCUGUUGAAACAAAAGUGGUGUCACUCUGGCUUUAAAAGGCGGAGCUAUAAGCAACAGUAUAAGUAGCAGGAUGUGGCUUCAUCACCACACCUGUAAGCACUUACCGGAAACUAAACAGAAGGAAAACGUGAGCACCCACACCCCAGCGGACACGCCGACGUGGUACUCCCACCUCCGUGCUUUAAGGAAGCAUGUUGCGCAUACGUGCUAAUAGUGACAGCAGUUUACUGGGUGUCCGAGGCUGUCCCCUUGGGUGCCGCCGCCCUCGUCCCCGCCUUCCUUUACCCGCUCUUUGGGGUACUCAAGUCAAGUGAGGUGGCGGCCGAGUACUCCAAAGAUACCACGUUGCUGCUGAUGGGAGUCAUAUGUCUGGCCGCGUCCAUAGAAAAGUGGAACCUGCACAAGCGCAUCGCCCUGCGCAUGGUGAUGAUCGCUGGGGCCAAACCUGGCAUGUUGGUAUUGGGCUUCAUGUUCUGCACCGUCUUUCUAUCCAUGUGGCUUAGCAACACGUCCACCACAGCCAUGGUGAUGCCCAUUGCCGAAGCCGUGCUGCAGCAGCUCAUCUGCACGGGCAUGGCCGACAACCUGGAGCCCGACGCCGCCGAGGACGACAGCGCAGCGUCCGAUAAAGAAGAAAAUCUGGACAAGAACCAACUGGCGCUGCUCUACCGUAAUGACAGCAAUGAUUGUAAAAAACAGGAACUUUCAACCCUCAGUGAGGUACAAACCGGUGAAGCCAAAGGCUUGGGUGCAAAUCCAAAUACCAACCAAGAGUGCAUCACGCAUACAAACGGACAUUUACCGCAAGUGGCCAUCGAAAUCCCAAACGUGAAGCGUGUUAAGGCCCGGCGAGAUUCCCAGUAUCCCACCAAGCGGGACCACAUGAUCUGUAAAUGUCUAACCCUCAGCAUCACCUACGCCGCAACAAUCGGCGGGCUCAUCACCAUCACCGGCACCUCAACCAACUUGAUAUUCGCCGAGCAGUUUAACACGCGCUACCCAGACGCCAAAGUCAUCAACUUCGGGACGUGGUUCAUCUUCAGCUUCCCUAUCGCCAUUAUCAUGCUGGUUCUCACGUGGUUGUGGCUGCACUUCCUGUUCCUGGGCUGCAAUUUCAGGGAAACGUGCUCGCUGAGUAAGAAACGCAAGACCAAGAGGGAGAUGAUGUCGGAGAAGAGAAUACAUGAGGAAUAUGAGAAACUUGGGCCUAUCAGCUACCCAGAAGUUGUCACUGGCAUUUUCUUCAUCCUUAUGACUCUGCUGUGGUUCACCAGAGAACCCGGUUUUGUCCCUGGUUGGACCUCGCUUUUUGAGAAAAAAGGUUAUCGGACUGACGCGACGGUGUCCGUACUUCUGGGUUUCUUGCUUUUCCUCAUUCCUGCGAAACGACCAUUUUCACCAUCUUCCAGCUACAAAGAUCCAGCAUCUGAUCCACUCGCUCCCAUGAUUACCUGGAAGGACUUCCAGCGUCUCAUGCCGUGGGAAAUUGUCAUCCUGGUUGGUGGAGGUUACGCGUUGGCGGCUGGUUGCAAGGUGUCGGGCCUGUCCGUGUGGAUCGGCCGGCAGCUGGAGCCCAUGAGCGGCCUCCCGCCGUGGGCCGUCACCCUGCUGGCCUGCCUGCUGGUGUCGGCGGUCACAGAGUUCGCCUCCAACCCGGCCACACUGACAGUCUUCCUACCCAUCCUCUCCGCGCUGUCUGAGACCUUGCACAUCAACCCGCUCCACACUUUAAUCCCCUCCACUAUGUGCGUGUCAUUCGGGGUCAUGCUUCCAGUGGGGAACCCCCCCAAUGCGAUCGUCUUCAGCUACGGACACCUGCAGAUCAGCGACAUGGUGAAAGCAGGUUUCGGGGUGAACCUGAUCGGUGUGGCUGUGGUGAUGUUGGCCAUCACCACGUGGGGGGUUCCUCUCUUUAAUUUGACAGAGUUCCCUGCAUGGGCGGUGGCGGCAAAUUCCACUGGCAGCUUAUAGCCCCGCCGAAGAAAUAGGUGACCAAUCAAGAGUCUAGACUGGAUUUGUGGGAAGGAGGCAGUUUUACAGAAGGAAAAGCUGCUUCAUUUAUAGGCUGCCAUUGACCACAAUAGACACCCGUUCCAUUUCAAGUAUGUUUAGCAAAUGUGCUAUAUAAGACGUUUUUUACUGCUAACUGAGCAACUGAAGGGUUUUUCUCCUGUGUGUUCAAAUUGAUUGGAGAUCGAGUGAUUACCGCAUUCACUUGCUGUGUGAGAUUAUAUUUAAACGUUUUAGGAGUGGCUCUACAAAAAACACAAUGCCUUUACUGUACAGCAUUUGGGGAAAUAUUUUUAGUAGUGCCUUUCCAAUUUACAGUAAAAGUACUUUUGAUGAGAAUUUUACUUGUAUUUUAUGACAAAAUGAAUCAAAAAUGCUCAAUUCUCCCCUUAAAGGUCAAAUGUACUAUUUCCCUCAAUGGAAAUGAAGGAAAAACACAUGUAUAUGAAGUGCCUCAUUUUUUAGAGAAAAAAAAUGUACUGUUUUACGUUUGAAUAACAAGCUGCUAUUGAUGACUUGUUGCCUUGGAGAAGUGAAAGUAUUUUUUGAAUGCAAUAUUAAGGUACAAAGGGUGAGUGCAUAUAUUUGCAUUUUAUGACAAUCAAUGUUCAAUCAAAUCUGUUGGUAGAAGCAUGUACUGUGCAAAAAAAGUUAAGAGAAGUACAAUCACCAAGACUGCAUUUAUUUUAUUUUUAAGUAAUUUAUUCAAGUUUCAAGCUGAACACAACUCAAUGGAGUCGCUGCUGAGACCUUUGAGUACAUUUUUGUAAACACAUAGAGACUUGUAACAAAAAGAGCUGGUUGCCUGCAUUAACAGGCGUCAGAGUUACGAAAACCAACUAUGUGUACAAGAAUAAAAUUCAUUA